AUGUCAGGCCACCCGUACAGCUCUCAGCCCCCCUACGACUUGCCCGUGGCUUCCCAGUCAGGCGUUGACCUCCUCCCGAAGACGCCAGAACCCCCCUCUGAAUCUCCUGGCCCAGCCGUUCGUAACCCGGUCUCUGCCAACCAUCCGUGUCGAAAACGCCGAAUAUUUCGUGGAGAGGAUACCGGACCUACUCCCACAGCGCUCCCCGAGUUUCACAGCAUGGUCAAAGACGUCAGCGACGAAAGUCACAACAAUUCGGACAAGAAAGCAAAGUUGAUGCGUUCUUCGCGGUUCAUUCUAGACUCUUCAAAAAGAACUCUGGCAGAGGCGCACACUUCUGAGCGCGCCGACCUCAAGAAGAAGGCACAGCUAUCUCACACGAAGACAUCUUCCUCUACGAAGCCAUCCUCGUCUAAGAAGGUAUCGUCUUCGGAGCGGCAGGACAAGAAGGGCAAGUCUAGAGCGGUGUAUCGCAGAGACACCAGCUCUGCCGAGACUUCACAAAGCCGAUCUACGGGCGAAUCCUCCCGAACGUCAGACCCGGAGCCUUCACCCCAACCGCUAGAGACCGAAUUCCAGCGCGUGUCGAUCACUCCAAGUCCUCCAUCUUAUCAGCCUGUCGUCACUCCUGCUUGCUCUGCAAGCGCACCGGAAACUUCGUCGCCCGUCGUAGCCGGCCCUUCGCAGGACCUACUCCAUCGCAGUCCCGGUGCCUCUCACACAUCUCUCGACCCAGCGUCCGGUCCGCCGGCCCAUAGUCCAAGCUCGAGCAAUGCUUCUCAGUCUCAACCCCACCCAUCUCAGUCUGCUAUGCCGCCGCCUCCUCUGCCAAAGCCCCGGGCAGCCACGUCAACAUCCGCCCUCCCUUCUCAAAGCACCUCGCGCCCCAAGCCGUAUCGAUACGGCCCCGGCCAUUCGAUCAAACCAUACAACGCCAAGAAGGCUUUUAGGACGCCUUUUGCGAACCCGCCAGCCUCCACCCCCUCUGUGCGCAAAUCGGCAGCUGCUGGAAUGAGCAGUGCGCAGGCGGACUCACAGGUCCCCGACCCUGCAGAACCAGUCGCACGGGCACCGCGUAGUACUGGCUUCAGGAUUGGGUCCGGGUUGACGAUGUCGGCGCGACGACCAGAACCCGUGAAGGCGCAGGAGGUGGGGGAUUCGAGCGAGGAGUUAUGGGCAUUGACUGAGUGA